UUGUUGAAAUUCACCCGUGUAUGUCCAUUGAUUGAAGAAUCAGUCUCUUGAAACUAAAAUAUUUCUUAGACAUGGCAAAUCUUACAUUGAAUCAACAUGCCAACAAUUCUGAAGAAAAUGAUUCAAACUUAGAACAAAAGCUUCAAAAUUGGUCAAUUCCAAAGAUUAGAACAAACCAAGUUUAUAAAACUUCAAUCUUUGAAUUCAACCCUGAUUAUGAGAUCAAAACAGUGGAAAAAUCUUUUGCAGUCCAAGGUCCAUACCAGAGGAUUUCCAUUUUGGAUUCACGCAUAGUGAAUCAACAUGUGAGAAAAUAUCGUGAUCUACACAUUGGAUUAGUUCAACUAGCUGUAAAACCUCUUACCAGAUUAAGGUAUUGUGACCUCCCUAUCUUAAUCUGCUUAAGAGAUAAAAGGAUGUUGAGAUUUCACGAAUCUGUGUUAGCAGUUCUUGAAUGCAAUAUUCAGAAUGGACCAGCAUAUUUCAAUUGUUUUCCUAGCUAUCCAGUUUGUCUCAGAGACCCUCAUGUUACAACAUGUGUAGAUUUAGAUAUAAAAAUUCCAAAUGAAAUGUUCAUUGAUGGAAUUCCACCGGUUAGUAUCAUGUACAGAUUUUGUUAUAAAGUCACUGACAACCUCUCUGGCAUAAAGGCCGUAAGAGAUUACACAGUGAAUGAAACUGAAGUAACAGAAAUCAAUGCUGAAAACUCUUCAAGAAUCACCCGGAAGAUACUCAAACAUGAUGAAAUCACAUAUCCACAAGAAUGGCUGCAAGGAUGUUCUUCACAACCUGCACCUUGAAAAUGUUCAUUGCCAUUGGUCAAAAACUAUUCAAGGAUAUCAUUAUGGCUUAAGAA